GAGCAGUAGUAGUAGCAACAGUAGUAUUAGGAGCAGUAGUAUUAGUAGCAGUAGUAAUAGUAGCAGUAGUAAUGGUAGCAGUAGUAGUAGUAGCAAUAGUAGUAGCAGCAGUAGUAGUGGCAGCAGUAGUAGUAGCAGUAGUAUUAAUAGCAAUAGUAGUAACAGCAGUUGUAGUAACAGCAGUAGUAGUAGUAGUAGCAGUAAUAGUAGUAGUGGUAUUAGCAGCAGUAGUAGCAUCUGCAGUAGUAGUAGUAGUAGUAAUAGCAGCAGUAGUAGUAGUAGCAACAGUAGUAUUAGCAGCAAUAGUAUUUAUAACAGUAGUAUUAGCAACAAUAGUAUUUAUAACAGUAGUAGUAGUUUGUAG